UGAGAGUGGAGGCUGGGAUCUGGCUGCCAGGCCAUCCUGGGCACAGCAGGAAACAACAUGACUUAGGUAACUCUGCCCAAAGGUGCACCAGCCAUGAUGCAGCAGCCUAGAGUGGAGACGGAUACCAUCGGGGCUGGUGAGGGGCCGCAGCCUGCAGUGUCCUGGUCAACCCGGGUCACCCGGCAGGCCUUGGUACGCUGGUGGGUGUGCCACAUGCCCCAGAGCUGGGCCCAGUGGUGGAGCACAUCAGGUUGGCGGCAACCCUUGCAGCGCAUGCUGUGGGGUGUAGAAGGGAUACUCUACCUACUGCUGGCGCUGAUGCUCUGUCACGCACUCUUCACCACUGGCUCACACCUACUGAGCUCCCUGUGGCCCGUGGUGGCCACAGUGUGGCGCCACCUGCUGCCAGCUAUCCUGCUGCUGAUGCUCAGUGCUCUGCCUGCCCUGCUCUUCAUGGCCUCCUUCCUGCUGCUCUUCUCCACGCUGCUGAGCCUCGUGGGCCUCCUCACCUCCAUGACUCACCAAGGUUAUGCUCAGGACUUGGACCAAUAGAAGGGCAACCCCA